AUGGCGUCGCUCUAUUCACGCCUGAGGAGUGUGAACAAGCAUAACCUACGGACUUUACAAAUACAGCCACUCAACGAACUCUCUGGAGCUCUGGGCGAUCUGGGAACUCUACUACCUCUACUUAUCGCCCUCACCUUGACGAAAAGCAUAUCGUUGUCUGCCACUUUGGUAUUCUCGGGGAUCGCAAACAUAGCCACUGGAGUGGCAUUCGGUAUACCACUGCCUGUGCAACCCAUGAAAGCUAUAGCUGCCGUCGCCAUCAGCCAGUCGUAUACCAAGACCGAAAACAUCUCUGCCGGUCUGUUCGUGGGAGGUGUUGUGACACUCCUCAGUCUUACGGGCCUUCUCAAGUGGUUCGGCCGCAUAGUGCCUAUUCCAGUCGUUAGAGGUAUUCAAAUGGGAGCCGGAUUCGCUCUGGUCAUCUCCGCAGGAACCAGUCUUCUCAAACCUCUCGGCUGGAUCACACCGAACUGGUCAGACAACUGGCUAUGGGCAAUGGCCGCAUUCAUAUUUCUCCUGCUAUCUACCUUGAUACCUCGAGUCCCAUACGCUCUACUCGUCUUCAUACUCGGUCUCAUGUUCGCUGGCAUCAAUCUCAACACCUCGCACCCACCGACCCACCCCUCAUCAGGCUUCCAACCCUGGCAUCCAAAAACUUACAUCCCCUCCCCAAAGGACUUCUACAAAGGCGCCUUCGAAGCAGGUCUUCCCCAAAUUCCGCUCACAACGCUUAAUAGCAUUUUGGCAGUGACUUCCCUCUCGUCCUCUCUANUUCCCUUCUUUCCCCCAACACCCUCAAACACCCAAAUUGGCCUCUCAGUCGGCCUCGCAAACCUUGUGGGCUGCUGGUUCGGCGCCAUGCCCAUCUGCCACGGCUCCGGUGGUCUCGCAGCCCAAUACCGCUUUGGCGCCCGCAGCGGCGCCUCCAUCAUCAUCCUCGGUGCCGUAAAACUGCUGCUUGGUCUCUUUGCCGGCGAAUCCAUCAUUCCUGUCCUUGCUCUGUUUCCCAAAUCUCUGUUGGGAGUUAUGGUUCUGGCUGCUGGUGUGGAGCUUGCUAAAGUAGGUCAAUCAUUGGACGACGUGCAAGAUGCUUGGCAGGCUACAGAGCAGGAAAAUGAGGAUGCAGCAGCUACGGAUAAGAGGCGUAGGCUUAAUGAGCAAGAGAAAAGAAACCGAUGGGCUGUCAUGUUGGUUACUGUGGCUGGGUGUCUGGCAUUCAAGAAUGAUGCUGUGGGUUUCAUUGCGGGCAUGGUUUGGCAUUGGGGGUUGAGAAUGUCGGAGUGGAUGCAGGAGAGACAGUGGAGAAGUCAGAGGAGGUUGACGCGCUUCUUUACGUCGCAAGAGUAUAGGGAUGGUGAGGAUGCGCCUCUGUUGCACAACGACGACGCUUGA